CGGAAUCUGGGAAGUUUGAGACUGCGGAGCGAUUCUUCAUUUUUCCCCCUUUGUUGUGCUGCGGGAAAGAAGGAUUUUCAAAAUUUAGAGUUAUUCACUUACUUGUUACAUAGGGCGUUUGCGCAAGCUCAAUCAGAUGUAGGAGUGUUCAAGGCUUAUCGUACGUUUUACAGGGUUAUGGAAACGUAUAAUAUUGAUCCUGACGUAAGGAGAUGGGGCCUUCAUCUUUUGGAUGUUUGCACCUUUACAAAUGACAGUUCUCGCAGUACUGUUACUGAAUACAGUUAUGAUCCAAGUUAUAGUCAAGUGGGAUAUGUUAAUGAAGGUUAUUGUGAGCCGUGUAAUGUGAAUUUGGAGAAUGAUGAGGCUAUAGCACACGCUUUUCAAGAAGAGAUAUCUAGAAUCGAUUCUAUAGAAGCUUCUGGGGUAUCUAAUACUGGGGAAGACCAUCUGCAAGCAUCUGUUCUUGCACAGGAUUGGCUUGGUCCUUCGCCUGUGCAUAGCCCUUAUGGGCUUGACGGUGAUCAGAAAUCAACUUGUGUUACUGACAUAAAAGUUGAGGAGGUCGAUGAUCUGAGCAGUAACGGAGUGGACAAAAUGGGAAACUCCUCUUCAUAUCCUAACUCACUAGAAAAUUCUUUUUCAGAGGAUUGCUCUUUAUAUUCGUUGGAAAUAAUGGAUGAGUCUACACUUGAUGGUGAAGUGGGCAAAAGGUUGAAUCAGAUUGUUCCUGUUCCUCAUGUACCCAAGACCAUUGAGAAGAUACCCUCAGCUGAUGAAGAGAUGUCGGAUCAUCAACGGCUCCUUGAUAGAUUGCAGUUGUACGAGCUGGUUGAGAAUAAGGUUCAAGGAGAUGGUAACUGCCAGUUUCGUGCUUUAUCAGAUCAACUUUACCGAUCUCCCGAGCACCAUGAUUUUGUGAGAGAACAAAUUAUAGCGCAGCUAAAGGCUCGUCGAGAUAUAUAUGGGGGAUAUGUUCCAAUGGCAUAUGACGACUAUCUGAAGAAGAUGAGCAAGAAAGGAGAAUGGGGUGAUCAUGUUACACUACAAGCUGCUGCAGACUGGUUUGGAGUUAAGAUAUUUGUAAUUACAUCAUUCAAGGAUACAUGUUCAAUUGAAAUACUUCCACAAGUUCAAAAGUCCAAACGAAUUAUUUUCUUGAGCUUUUGGGCUGAGGUGCACUAUAAUUCAAUUUAUCCAGAAGGAGAAAUCCCAACUUGGUGCACGAAGAAGAAGAAGAAAUGGUGGAACUUUUGAAAUUAGAUUUUGGUCAUAGGAAAGUUGAGAGGAACCACACUGAUGGAUGCCUCACUACCUCAUUGCUUCUGUAAAUAUAAAAAUAUAUAUAAAUAAUAUGCACAUUAAUUAUUAU